GCACUCAAUGUGCUAUUAUAAUGAUUGAUGCGCUACAUUUUUUCAAAAGCAAGCAUAUAUUUGUUAAACUAUUGUUGAUAGCUUUUGACACUUCAUUAGAAUUUCCUGCAUUACAUAUAAGCUGUCCUCUUUGUCGGUCAGGACUUAGAACUCCAUCACUCCCCAUCUUUCAUCUUUGCUGCCUCUAUAGUUUUACUUUCAGACCAGGAUACUGUCCGAGGCAAUUCAAAUUAGAUCUGUUCUUGUACUUCCAGCUGUUGUUGGUGUUGAUACAUUCUGGCUGGCUGUGACCUUUCAAGGAAAUCAUGCUGUGUCGCACGUUUGCAAGUAUUAUGGAUUUGAUUAGCAUUAAGAUAAUCGAUUGAAAGAAAAAGUUCUGCCACCAUUUGCCUUGUAUUUGUCACUUGUGGAGUUGUGACAUUGUAUUGCUUUACUGCAAGUAAUAAGCUUCCAUUUUUCCUAAAUUUGCAUUUAUUAAUUUUCCGCUCUAUCUAUUAUUUGAGACAAUUAGUAGCAUAACUCUUUAUUGCCAGUCAACCAUGUGCUGUUUAACAAUAUCAAAAUGUGAUGGUACUUGUUCAUAGUGCUAUGCAUGUAUCUGGAGCUUCCAUUGGAUAGGGCCUAUUGAUGUUUUCCUCAUUCUCAACUUGUGCACUAACUGAUGGAUCUCCACAUGAAACUUGCCCUGGCCUCCCUCAGUUGUGUUCUUCUGAUGCAAGUAGCAUCGUGUGAUGGCAGCACAGGGGGAAAUGAAACAACAAGGUGGACAUGUGUAUGCGCAGCUCAUCCACUAGGUGAACCAAACUCUAACAGCAGCCUGUCCUCCAAUUGCUCUUCUUCCUGCCAUUGCCAACAAGAUGAAAAUGGUGGUACGGGAUCAUGGAAUUGCACAUGCACCUCCGACAAGGCCCUUUGGAAAGAAGAGCAUGCUGUAUUACGCGAUAGGAGUUGCUUCACUUCCUGUAACUGCACAUCCGGAAGUUCAGAGGAAGGGAAAAGGCAUGUCUCCAACAAAACAGUCAUAGUGACACUCCUAGUGUGUGUGAUUCUCACCACUACUGCUUUCCUUGUCACCACUGUAUACUACUUUCGCCGCAAGGAUGCUCUCUCUCCACGUUCACAGAUGUACUCCUUCGAUAAAUACACCAGCUGGAGCAGCAGAUCAAACCUUAUCAGCCAUCGAUCGUCUCCUUUGCCCCAACCGAAACUGAAACCAAGGCUCAGUGUUCUCAAAGAGUUUCUGUGCAGCUGUCCUAUCAUUUGUGGGGGUGAAGGUGCCUCAUUCCCAGGUAUCAUCGUCCGGUUCUCAUACACAGAGUUGGAGCAAGCAACCGGGAAAUUUUCAGACGAGCAUCUUAUCGGAGCCGGUGGAUCAAGCAAGGUGUACCGGGGCCAGCUUAGCGAUGGCAAAGUUGUUGCCGUGAAGAAGCUUAGGCCCCUCGGAGGUGCAGAUGAAGACUACGAGUUCCUAUCCGAGAUCGAGCUACUGUCGAGGCUCAACCACUGCCAUGUGGUGCCAUUGCUGGGGUACUGCUCGGAGAGCCAAGGCCGGCAGCUGGAGAGACUUCUGGUGUUCGAGUGCAUGUCCAAUGGCAACCUUAGGGACUGCCUGGACCUGAAGCAAGGGAGGAAGCCGAUGGACUGGCAGACCCGGGUGAGCGUGGCGCUCGGCGCCGCGAGGGGGCUGGAGUACCUGCACGAGGCGGCCGCGCCACGCAUCCUCCACCGUGACAUCAAGUCCACCAACAUCCUACUGGAUGACAAGUUCAGAGCCAAGAUCACUGAUCUUGGCAUGGCCAAGUGCCUGAUGAAUGACGGCGUGACGAGCUGCUCGAGCUCCCCCGCGCGGAUGCUGGGGACGUUCGGGUACUUCGCGCCGGAGUACGCCAUCGUGGGCAAGGCGUCGCUCAAGUCGGAUGUGUUCAGCUUCGGCGUCGUCAUCCUGGAGCUCAUCACCGGUCGGCCGCCCAUCCACAAGUCGUUGUCCACCAGGGCCGACGAGAGCCUCGUCAUCUGGGCGACGUCGCGGCUGCGGGACAGCAGGCUGGUGGUGACGGAGCUUCCGGACCCGGCGCUGCAGGGCAGGUUCCCGGCGGAGGAGAUGCAGAUCAUGGCGCACCUGGCGAGGGAGUGCCUGCAGUGGGACCCCGAGGCCAGGCCUACCAUGACCGAGGUUGUCCACAUGCUCUCCACCAUCGCCCCCCUCCACGGCGCCAAGCGCCGGAACCUCCCCAUGGCCGCCGCCUUCAACCUCACGACGCCGCCGCCUCACGUCGGGAGAUGCGAGGCCGAGGCCGAUGACAUCGAGAGGCAGCAGGAGUGCUCGUCGUCCGUCCAGUGGCAACAAGCGCGGUGCGCGCCGCCGUCACCACCGCCGGGGCGUGCGUCCUGGCCCGGUGACAGGGUGAGCGCUGUCAACAAGGGCGCCUGUGCCGGUGCGGUGGUGUCUGGCGAGAUGGUGAACGGGAUGCUGCUGAUGAGCCCCCACGGGUGGAGCAGCUGGCGGCCGCCGCCGGACGAGGAGCUAGAGGCGGUGGACCUGACGGAGCCCCGGCUGGAGACGUUCACGCAGCCGGCAAUGUUGAGAUAUUUCAGUUAAUUAAUUAAUUAAUUAAUCAGAGGGUUCGAUUAGGUAUUACUAGAAGGUAGUAGUGGUUUUGAUUAGUGGUGCCAUCAGCAAUAAGCUCGAGAGACAGAAGGGCUUCUGGACUGCUUCCUCAUCAUGCCUCUACCCUACACUGCAAGAAGAAGAAGAAUGUAGAAUGUAGCUAUGGACGAUGCUGCAUGGACUUUGUACAGACAAGUUACGAUAUAUAUAUAUAUUUUUUUACCUUUGCGUCCA